AGGGCCAGUGGUGGUAUUUUGGCAUGCAGAUACUUGAGCCAUAUCGUCUGAGGAGACUGGGGUCUGGUGAGGGGCUAUGAGGCAGCUCCUGGCUCGGGGGAUUUGGGAAGUGGCCGCAGCAGUGGUGUGGCUGUGGGCACCACGUGGGCUGUGUGCCCCCCCUCCCCAGGGAACCCCAGCGCCCUGCUGCGUCAUUUGGGUUUUCUUUUGGGGGAAACCACAUUGCAGUGUCGUGCCAAACACCGAAAUAAGAGUCCUGGAAAUGGAGACGUGGCGCUGGGUUUUUCUUGAUCGUCUUCCCUGCUCCAGGGUGAGGCCAUGGUUCCUCCUUUCGGCUCUCCCAGGGGGACAGAUAUCGUGUGGAUGGCAAACAAGCACCUGUGGCACCCAGAGCUCAGCUGGUUGGUGUUGGUGGGAGCAGGGGGGUGGCAGAGGAGCACAGGGCACUGGGUGCUGCCAUGAGAGUGGCCUCUGGCCCGUCACUGCCCACUGGACAUCCAUGGGUGCUGUGGGGAGGCUGUGGCUGCUGACCUCAUCCCAGCAGGAGGACAGGGACGUGUUGCACUUGGCAGGUCCCCAAGAUAAACAUUCCUGUUCCCGCCACCUUUCUGCCCUGCUGGGAACAGGGAUAACGAAACUCGCUGGGAAAUUAGGGACUUUUUACCAGGCAGUGCCAGGGCCUGCAGCUCAGGUGGCUGUGCCUGCACUGGCUCCUGGCCUUGAGGGUGCUGGGGAAUGGGACUGGUGGGUUGUUGAAACUGUGUCUGCUGCCAAGGGGCUGGCUCAAGGGAUGAGGGGGCUCUGCUGUGGGACAGGGGAGAGGGUCCUGGUCCUGCCCUUGCUCAGGCUUCCCACAGCCAAGCACCAGUGUGAAGCCUGGGUUGGGUCCUGGGGGGUUCCUCUGUGCUAAGCUGUUGUCCUGCCCCAGGUGGGACACCCGGGGGUCAGCAGGCAGGGCUCCCUUCACCCGCUGUGCAUGCUCAGUCCCCUGGGGGCUUAACCCACCUCCCUCUCCUCUUGUGCAGACCCUGCCUUGCCCCUGACCCCAGAGUGUCAGGGGGCAAACCAGCACGUCCCAGAGUCCUGUGACGCCCCUUGGCUCAGCCAGUGCCCCACGCGAUGGACACGGGGGCCCAACCGAGCCCCGCUCCUUCAUCCCUGGGGGCCCAUGGAUGCUCGCCCAGGAGCGGGUGGGACACACGGUGUGCUGAUCACUGGCUUGCCUGAGGGACGUUCGCCCCAGGUGUAGGGGACAUGGAGCAUAGGGGGCGUGGAGUGCUGGGGACAGCGGGCACGUUCUGGGAACUAGGGGACAUGGGGGCACGGGCCCUCUGGACACGCAGCGGGGCCGGUGCGGGUCCCGGUACCGCGGCAUCGCGGCACGUCGGCGGGGCCGUGCCGGGGGCGGCUCGCGGUGAGUCACGGCGCUGCCGCUCGCCCCGCCCCGGGGCCGCCCCAUAAAGCGGGGCCGCCCCAUAAAGCGGGGCCGCCCCAUAAAGCGCCGCCGCCGCGAGCGCCGCCGCCCCAUGGCUGAGCCACGGCCUGCCCGGCCCCUGGGACUCCCUGCCUGCCUCCUCCUGCUUCUGCCCUGCUGGGCCCUGGCUGCUCUCUGUGCAGGUGCCAUGGCCCUGCAGCUCCCCACCAUCACCAUCCUGCGGAUGCCGGCAGAGGCCCCCCGUCCAGGCGAGAGCGUGACGGUGUCAUGCGAGGCGACAAGUGGGCUCCCAGAGCUGACGCUGCUCUACUGGCUGGGGAACGGCUCCUUUGUGGAGAGCCUGUACCCAGACGGGGCUGUGCACGAGGGGACAGUGCAAGAGGAGCUGCGGGGCUCGGGGGCGGCCCUGCGCCGUGACCUGCACUUCAGCUCCUUCAACACCCAGCACCUGCUCACCAACUUCACCUGCGUGGUGCUCAGUCCUCUCGGUGUGGACACCAGGGAGGUGCGAUGGCCCCAGCCAGCACCAGCCCAUGUCACUGCCGAGAGUGGGGGGCUGGGCUGACACCAGGGGGCAACUCGUGAGGGGUGAGCGCCCCGCAGUGAGGGUCCCUGCUCCAACAGCCCCCAACCGUGCGCGUGUGACACCUCCAUGGAGGCCCAUCUCUGUGACCUGCUGUGGGGACCACAUGGCCCCACAUGUGCCAGCCCGCUGAGCCUGGGGCUUCUGGUGCCUGGGCCGACCCCAGCCUCGCCUGUAGCUGGCUAUGGGACCCCAGGGUUUAUUAAAGUACAUCGAGGCUGCCCUGUUGUCACCUGCAUCCUGGGGAUGGUGCUGCCCAUGAGUGCACAGGGCACCUGUGGGAUGAGGAGGGAGGGAGAGGAAGUGGCCCUGGUGCCCACAAAGGGCAGGAUCCAUUUCUGACCCCCUCCCUGCCUGGUGAAGUGCUGGAAAACCAUGGUCAGUCCCAGUUCUGCCCAGGGAAUGCCUGGCCCUAUGGCUGUGCCCUGCCCCAGAGGAGGAGGGUACGUGGGGAAGCCCUGGGGUGCAGGGACCCCGGGGAGAUAGGCCCAUCCCAUUCCCCUCUGCACCUGGGGGAAGCUGGGGCUGUACCCCAGCAUGGCAUUGCUGAGCCCCACGUCCUGUUCCAUGGGGCAGCCCCCCUAACCAUGUUGUCCUGGCAGGGCUCCUGCUCUUGGUACUGGGGCUGGGGUCGCUGGUGCCAGCCCCCUCCCUGCUACCUUGUGGGGGCUGUGACCCCCCUGGGCUGUGGGACAGCCUGGACCCCUCGAGCAAGACUGAGCUGCAGGCAUUGCACUGCAGCACAGGAUGUGGGAGGGAUAGAGGGGGCUGAAGAAGCCCCCAGCUGCAGCCCCCAUGAGCUGCCCUCAGUCCAGGGAACCACAGGAGACUCCUGGGGACACCCCUAUCCCACAGCUACUCUUAGGAGCCAGGAGAAGGUGAGCAGCAGAGCAGCCCCCUGGGCAGGGACCUGCCCAAUACAGCCCUGCUGCACCCCCAAGCCCUGUUGAUGCCAGGCCCCAUCCCUGGGACAGCCCCUCACAGACCCCACACUCAGCUGCAUCCUUACACCCAUCCUGAUGUCUUCUCGAUGGGGUCGAGGUCCCACCAGUGUUGGGGGCUGUCAGUGGCCGGGCCCUGGCCAGCAGAUGCUCUGCAGAGGGCAGAGCCCCCGAGGGAAGCCCACAGAUGCUGAGGUGCUGUGGACAGGGAAGCAACUGGUUACUCUGCGAGUGCCUGGGGAGGUGGGGCAGCAGGAGCAGGGCCAGCUCAGGGAGGGUGGUGGGGCUUGGGAGGUGGCUGUGGAGAGAGGCAGGGCAGGCUGGGGGAAAGCACCCCCUGCUCCAUCCCUGGCCAGAGCCCCUCCUUGGCACAUGUCCCAGCACCAACCCAGACCCCAGUGCUGGCACCAGCUGAGACCUGCCCUGCUGUGUCACCCACCGGGAGCAACCCCCUUGGGAUCCCAGCCAGAAGUGUGUCCUGAGCCUCGUGGGUGCGGGUCAGGGUGCUCCUGACCGGGGGUGUGGUGCUUGCACCAAUCCCUCUCUCAUGCUGCUGAGGACACAGUAGGCUGUGGCUCAGAUCAGCAGCAACAUCUCUCCCAGGGAACCCCUGUGUCUGCACAGCACGGCACGGAACACUUGGAGGAUCAGAGACAAAGGGGGGACCAUGGGGGUGGCAGCCCACAGCUGGGCCCCCAGCCUCACUUCCAAGCCAGAGUGAACCCCCAAAACAUCAUCACUCAUCUGGCUGAGCCACCUCUGGCUGCUCCUGUGACAGCCUUGGCCGUGCUCACCUGUCACCCCACACACUGGCAGGGUUCCUGUCCCUUGGGAGCAGGGUCCAUGUCCCUCGGGAGCAGGGUUCCUGUCCCUUGGGAGCAGGGUCCACGUCCCUCAGGAGCAGGGUCCAUGUGCCUCAGGAGCAGGGUCCACAUCCCUCAGGAGCAGGGUCCACGUCCCUCGGGAACAGGAUCCUCCCCAGACGAGAGGCCCUAUCAGCCAGUGGGGAGAUGGACAACAGCCAAACGUGGGGGGAUACCCGUGGGUGAUGAGGGGUCGGGGGAUGAGAGUUGGAGGUGCUGGGGACAUGGAAGGGUCUUGCACCUUCCUGGGAUGGCACACAGAGGAUUUACUGUAGUGGGGGGAGUGUGAGUGGGCAAGUGGCACUGCCCCUGGUUGGGGGCAGGAAUCCAGCUGGGGGGACCCUGGUAAGAGGAAGGAGACACUGUCCUCUUGGGGAGCCCUGGGACUAGGGGAGAGCUCCGGUGUGAGGAGAGAGCCUGGCCAGGGCAGCCCUGGAGGCCAAGGAGGAAGGGAAAGCAAAACCACAAAGCUUCUGUGCUCACUUUACUGUAAAUUAGUCUUGUUCCCAUUAGUGGCUGCUUCUGCUUACUGUGACCUGUGGAUGUGUCCACGUGGGAGCAAGAAACCCCAAGGUGUCUGUGGCCAUGGAUAUGUCUGUGCUGCAGCAGGAGCAUCUCUGAAGGGAACGUGGCCCAAGGACAAGACCACGCUGGAGAAGGUACAUCUUGAAGCAUCCGUGGCUGUGCAGGAAGUCAUGCUGGAGCACCCUGAAGUGUGUGACCAUGGAUAAACCCACAGCAGAGCAGGUACACCCCUGGAAGGACUGCAGCCAUGGAGAAGGCCACACUGGAGCAGAAGAACCUGAGGCUCCCACAGAAUCGCUCUGGUUAGACGGCAGCUCGGGAGAUCUUCAGUCCAACCCCCUGCUAGCAGGACCACCUCUGGGAUCAGAGGAGGCAGCUCAGCAUUUUCUACAGCUGGGUCCUAAAAAUCUCUCAAGGAUGGAGCCUGCACACCUUCAUUAGGCAACCUGCUCCACUGCCUGCCUGAUGUCACAGGGCAACUUUUUUCCACGUAUUAACCUCAUCCUCCCUUGUCCAGGCUGUGUGCCCGGUUCCCCCCCACUUUUCUCACAGUCACAUGUACCCCUGCCCACUUUGGUGGCUCUCCACCAGACCAUUUCAGUUGAUCUGUAUUUUCCCAGGGAAGGGCCUGUCAUCCAGCACAUGCUGGAUGUGUGGACACCUGCAGUUUCCCCAAAUUGGGGAGCUUGACUUCAUCUUUUGUGAUGAUGGCAAACUGCUCACGUGUCCAGAAAUUCAAGCACGCAGCAGUAACCAGGGUUUGUUGGGAAGAAACCAUGAGAUUAAUAAAUCCUUGGGCUUUCUAACAGAGCAAAUUAAAAUCUCAGUUACUUUU